UUUUUGAAGAUAUGUUCAACGUAUUUUUCUCGUUAGCUAAAGAUGGAGGGAAUGGGACAACAAUACCUAACGGUCCAAUAACCAACAAUAAAGAACAAUUAACAAAUACUGUAUACAAAGAAUAUAGAGCUACAUCUCGCUUAUCCGAACCUUAUAAACGUCUUCGAAACGCAAUAAAAAGAAUGGAGGAGGAAUAUUCAAAAUCUAAACAGCAUAAUUUAAUUAUGAGAUAUAUGAGGAUGCAAAAAAUGAUUUAUGAACUUGUACAAGUUGAAAGAGAAUAUUGGUUAAUGGUUGAUAUACCUCCCCAAGCUAUUUCCGAAACUCCACAGGAAUAUGCUAUUAGGGUUGCCAAUUUGCUCGAUGAACAAUAUGGGCGAAACGAAACUUCUCCCAAGCCUGGUGGGGCAAUUGCACAACUUCUCGGAACAACAAUGUGUAUUGCUGAACGCGCAAAGGGCUCUACUUUAUUAAAUACUUUAAGAAUGAAAUCAAUGGAAGAUUUACGCAACUUGAUGGGUCAACUUAGCACAGAACUUUACCGUCUCAUUCAUAAAUAUUUGGCAUUGAGAACGGCAGUAAAGGACCUUUCUAGAGCAUAUCAACAUACUCGCUAUUAUCCUUUAGUUCCGAGAUAUAAUUUGGUAAAGAAAAAAUUUUUUAUUAAAAAAAUUUCAAAAAAAUUUUUUUGA